GUACACAUAAAGCUAAUUGCAAGUUUCGUGUCCUUCAGCAGCAAGUUUCACAAGCCCUGUACAAUGGACCUCAACCAGGACCAUUCACUUUUAUCCUUCAGUGCCUUUAUGUUGUAUCGUUACUGGAACCUAAUCAUGCUGAUGGGUUUAGUCACAUGCUGAUUUCUUCUCUUCGGAGUAUUAGAACUCUAAAAUCUGUACUAGAAGAUUUUUCUGAAGCAAAUCGUCUUGUUGCAGCACUAUUUUUUGAUAAUUUUGCUAGUACUUUCAUGCAUGAUGAGCGUAUUCUUGUUAAAUUGUUGAAGGAAUUUGAUGUUGAGUUGAAAGAUAUUGGAGAUGCCAUAUGUGGUUCAGAGUUGAAUAAUGGAUGUUUAGAGCAGGCAGAGGCAUAUGCUAAGCAAUUUAUAUCUGGCUUCAUAGAAUCAAGAUCAUAUAUGACUGCUGUAAAACUGUUGGACCAAUUUUCCAUUCACCUUUCUGGGGAGUCUCUUCUUGUAGAAAUGAUACAACACAAACAAUUUGGAGCAGCAGAAAUCUGGGCUACUUUUAUGGGAAAGCCAAUGAUAUGUUUAUUGGUCAAAAAGUAUUUGGAGAUGAAUUUACUGAAGCUUGCUUAUGAACUGGUAAAAGGUAACAAUCUUAUGCAGGAGUUUCCAGAUAUCUCCCAUUUAUAUAAAGAAAGUUUAUUAAGAAAACUGGCUGGAAAAGGGUGCUGGGAUGCUGCAGAACAGAGGGCAAACAAUGACGGGGAACUUCUAGAGUACCUGGUAUGUUUGGCUAUGGAAGCUGGAUACACGGAGAAGGUUGAUCAAUUGUGUGAGCGUUACAACCUUGAACAUUUUACUGAAGUUUCAAGUAUGCAAAAUAUGUUUUGAUUUUUGAAUAAAUUAUCUAGAAAACUAUAGUGCUUUAUCAGUGGUCAGGUGAGUGUUGGAAUUUAGGGUUUAGUGCAUACAUAUGUAUUUUAAAAUUUUAUUUUCUAAACAUCGUAGCGGAAAACAAGAUCA